AUGGAAAGGUGUCGUAUGCAGAGGAGGAAGGCAGCUGCAGUCACAGUAUCUGCAUAUUUCGAGUUAGUGUUUAACCUUGUUAAGUUGAUUAUUCAGUAUUAUAAGGAACUGGAAUCUGAAGUUGUUCAAGUAACAGAACAUGUUACAGUGUGGGAGACACCCAUGAAACGACUAGAAGCUAGGAAUUCAUUCAUGGCAUGUAUCACUUCCCAUGGUGACAUAUCUAGCACUAUUCUUAUUAGAAUGAACGGUAGUUCCUUUAAAACUCUAUGUACUCUUCUUAGAGAUCAAGGGGGCCUUAGGUGUAGUUGGCACAUGGGCAUAGAUGAGAUGGUUGCCAUCUUUUUAUACACCAUAGCGCAUAAUGAAAAGAAUCGAGUUCUGCAAAAAACCUGUCGACGUUCAGGGGAAACCAUUAGUAGGGUUAUCAAACGUGUCCUUAACUCAGUCUUGAAACUUCACCCUAUUCUACUUCGUAAGCCAAAGCCGGUUCUUGAGAAUUUAGAAGAUCUAAGGUGGAAGCACUUCAAGAAUUGCCUUGGUGCCCUUGAUGGAACCAUAAUAGAUGUACGGACAACCAAAGAGAAAAAAGAAAGAUAUCAGAUGCGUAAGGGAACGAUUGGUAUGAAUGCGUUGGGAGUUUGCAAUCAAGACCUAGAGUUCAUUUAUGUCUUGUCAGGAUGGGAAGGGUCGGCUCAUGAUGGAAGAUUUCUAAGAGAUGCUCCUAUUAGGCCAAAUGGACUGAAGGUUCCUAGAGGAUACUACUAUUUGUGUGAUGCUAGUUACAGUAACUGCCAAGGAUUCUUAGCACCUUACUGA